ACAAAGACUGGGGUUUAUCUACUGCAAGAUGGUAAUGAGGAGCCUUACAAUAUUCGACUGCACUUGGCUAAAGACAUUCUGACAAUUCAAGAGCAAGAUGUCAUCUGCGUGUCAGGAGAACCAUUUUAUUCGAGUGUAAGUAACCUGCCGUGCCUGUCAAAUAAAAUACCACACAUUGACAUCAUACUGAUCUUUUACAGACACUCCAAAAGGCUAGGGCCGGCUCUGACUGAAUGUGUGGGUAUGGAUGUGGAUACACAGACCCGCCAGCCUCUGCGGUCCCUCAUGAUGAGUUCAGAUAUUUUGUGACCCCCACCCCCAUCAAAGUUGCCCAUACCUUCUGUAGAGGGUGAUACACACACACACACACACACACACACACACACACACACACACACACAUACACACACAUGCAUGCAUACUAUAUCUGGGGUAACAAUAUAAAGAUAUUGACAAUGUACUGACUGAAUGACCAUAUGCACAUGGAAGAGCUACUUCAGUCAAUUGUAAAACCAUAAAUCAAUGUUCAUAUUAAAGGGUGUUUCAAUUACGAGAAGUACAUGUAAUGUCAGGCAAGCGUUAUAUUUGGAACCAUGAGAGUGAGGUGUGAGCAUGACUGAUGAGAUUAUACAAUAAACAGGACAACAGCCAGACACUCAACCUCAUUGGUCCAUGCCUAAGCAUGUCUCAGCCUCAUUGGUCCAGCAUACACACCCUGUUCCUGGUUGUACUCAAACAUGCUCUGGCCCUUACAGUAAUUAGAUGUACUUACAUUAAGUGUGUAAUAAGUGUGUAGUGAUACGUACUGUAUGCACAGAAAUAGGAGAGACACCCAUGUCUCAUAUCAUACACCAUUUCAAAUGGACCUUUCCUUUGUCACUUUCCUUGUAUAUCAGUCAGCUCUGUUAUUCUUUCAUUUGCAUCUACAGUAAAACUUAAACUCUAAGUAAAGUAAAACUAAACUCUAAGUAUCUCCAUAAUAAACACUAUCUCUUUAAUCUAUCUGAUUCCUUUCAGGAGAGAACUGUAACGAUCAGAAGACAGACGAUUGAAGGUUUUGGCUUGAGCAUCAAGGUAAUUUAGAUCGCCAUUGAUUAGUCGUUUUCUCCCUAUUCUACCUUUUAAUUUACUUUCACCUAAUGCAAUUGAUCUUUUAAAACCACUAUUGAUUAAUAUCAACAGUAGACUAAUGGAGUAGCCUAUGGGGGAAGACACAAUACUUUCUCUCUUUUUGCUCUCUGUUUCUUUCUUUUCCUCUAUUUGUUUGUGCAACAAACUACAUAACGAUAUAAUUCACCCCCCUAGGGAGGUGCAGAACACAAAAUCCCUGUUGUGAUAUCAAAAAUAUCAAAAGAGCAAAAAGGUAAGCUCUUUUUUCGUUCUUUGUAUCCAUUUCAUUAUGCAUUAUGAAUUAUGAUUUAUUCACCCAAACAUAAUAUAUAAUAUAUUGUCUGCAGCUGAACUAUCUGGGCUGCUGUUUAUCGGCGAUGGAAUCCUCCAGGUAAGUGAUGAUGUUGAGUAUUGUGACAGUUUCUUCUGCCUGGUGUCAUUCAGUGUUUGUCCAACAGGUCUGGUGGAAUUCCGACCCCUUCACGCUCUGCGGAUGGAUCACUAUAGGAUAUAUUAGUGCACUGAGCCAUGUGUUGGCAUGGCCAGGAAGAAAAUAAAAUAAAAAAUUGCAAUAGAGAUCUUCAUUGCAACUGUGACUGUCAGCAUUCAUUGUUUUGCAGCAGCAAUGCUAUAUUUGAGCACAGACGACAGAUAUAUAAUGCACUUGAUUGCUGUUUUAUGAAUCAAGGACUGUGUUUUCAAACACACCUUAUUGAAGUAAAAUAAAGCAUAUUAUGCAUAUCAUCAGUUUAAUGGAUCUGAUAUUAUUGUUACUAACCAUAAGACUGUUUGAUUUUAGAUAAAUGGAAUAAAUGUUCGAAGCUAUCGCCACGAGGAAGUGGUAAGAAGCUGACAACUUAAUAUCUCAUAUUUCACUGAAGUUGCAACACUUGCAACACCACCUUAUCUUGUUUCACUUUUUGGACCUUAUCUUUGAGACCUGUAAGAUCUGUUUUACACCUUUUUCCAAUGUGUCUGUAUCAACCUCCCAAAUGCGUGAGGCUCCAUAAAUCUCCCAGUUUUCAACCAAUAUCUAAUCUACUUGUUCUAAGAAGGGAAUUUGCACUACAUCCAUCAUCCAAGUACGUGGUUGAAAUGAGCAACAGACUUUGAAGUCCAAUGGCAGUAUUGUAAAUUCUCCUAAUUUUCUUUUACAGGUGCAGGUUUUGCGAAAUGCCGGAGAGGAAGUCACUCUGACUGUUUCUUUCUUGAAGAAGACACCAGCUUUUCUGAAACUGCCCCUCUGUGAAGACUGCACAUGUACGCAUAUCUUAGAAACCUCCAAAGAAAUAUCAGAGCUGAAAUUAUGUUAUUUUCACCAAGGAUAUAAUGAGAGAAAAUAAGAACAAUAUUAGAGAAAGAACCUUCUCCAUCUACACAUGGAUUAUAUGAUGAUUCAUGCAUUGUCUGACUGUUAUUUGUCUCUGGUAUUAUCUGAAUGUCAUUCUACUCCCAGGUGUCCCAAGUGAUCAGAGCAGUGGAACGUCCUCCCCUCUAUGCGACAGUGGCUUACACUUGAACUACCAUCCUAACAAUACGGUACAGUUUAACAUUCUCAUUUCUGUAUAACCUUCAGCCGUAUCGCUCUCUCUGCAACUCUUGUAACAUGGCCAGUAGGCUGUUGUUAUUCCACAGUGGCAUUCACAGGCAGACAGUGACGGUCAGGGUGCUCUAACUCUUUCUCACUCUUUCUCUGGGCCAGAGAAAAAAACUACCUUAUUCAGUAGUUCCACAAUGGCUUGUACUUAUACAGCCUCUGCUGCAUCUACAUCUACCCAUAUGAAUCAUGAACAGGCCUGGGCUGUUGACAUCUUACUAAGCCAUGGGAUAAACUAUAUGAAGUGUCAAACAAUGAGGUGUUCUCUUCUCUGUGUGUAUAAACCCCUGCAGGACACACUGUCCUGCUCAUCUUGGCCCACGUCCCCUGGGCUCCGCUGGGAGAAGAGAUGGGUGGACCUGCGCCUUAUUCCUCUCCUUCACUCCCAUCUGUCACAGCAUAUCCCCGGCUCUGACGUCUGCAGGUAAGCUGAGUGCUGUGCUGCAGCAGGGGGACCAGAGACCGCUCGUUGUCAAAACGCAGCCAGGGGCCAUUUUCUGGCACGCUGUCACUGCUGCUGAAGGUUCAGUGACCCCUGUGCCUCGGCUAUUUGAGAGGGGUCCCCUGGUAAGGGACUUUGGUGACUCAGUGUUAAAAUGACUUGUCUCAUGUAAAUACCUUGAGAUUAUCCAAAUGAAGAAGUCAGCUAUUGGUAGUUUUGCUGCAAAGCUUGCUUGGCUGUUACUUAUUUAUCUUGAAUGUACAGUAAUAGAACUGAGAGUGCAUGGGUCAUCAUAACAUAUGGACAGAAAAGCUGUUUGCCUGACCAUGGAAAAAGAUACGAUAUUGGGAUAUACCUCGCUCAUAUUGCUAUUGAUGUCAAUAUCACAUUGAAUUUGUGCCAACCAGUACUAAAUAGUAUAUUUGUCUGAUUCUGAUUUCUAUAGGAAAAAUGCAUUUCAAGUCAUAGCUGUGGAUGGGGUUUGCAGUGGGGUUAUCACGUGCCCCACUGCUGAAGACUGCCUAGAUUGGCUCCAAGCAAUCGCAACUAAUAUAUCAGCUCUCACCAAGCACAAUGUGAGUAUAAUCAAACUGAAGGCAAAAACAUGAGUAAGAUAGGUAGAUUUUCCAUAGUCUUCAAGAUCCACAGGUUUGGUUAUGAAAAUUACAAUAGAGAACUGUAUUACUACAGUAAUAUGGAUUGCAUGUGGCUGUAAAAGUGAUUUAGGAUCUAAACACAGUAGUUAACAUAUAACAGUUUAUGAUCUUGACUACUGUUAAUUAAAUGUUCAAUGAGGUGUCAAACAGCUAGGGCCUCCCGAGUGGCACAAUUGGCCCAGCGUCGUCCGGGUUAGGGGAGGGUUUGGCCGAGGGUGGGCGCUUUACUUGGCUCAUCGCGCUCUUGUGGCGGGCCGGGCGCCUGCAGGCUGACUUUGGUCGUCAGUUGAAUGGUGUUUCCUCCGACACAUUGGUGCGGCUGGCUUCUGGGUUAAGCGGGCUGGUGCUAACGAGCGUGGUUUGGCGGGUCAUGUUUCAGAGGACGCAUGACUUGACCUUCGCCUCUCCCGAGCCUGUUGGGGAGUUGCAGCGAUGAGACAAGAUCAUAAAUCAUAGAUCAUAAAGGGGACUAAAAAAAAGAAGAGAAGAAAAAGUGUCAAACAGCAAACUGUAUCAAUAAAUGUAUCAUAUAAGUCACAUACUGUAUAUAUGAAUGUAUUUUCAUGCUAUGGGGCAUGAAACAUCCACUUAUUGUUUUUGCCGUAGGUCACAAUAUCAGUUGGCUCUUGGAGACAGCUACGGCAUACACUUAUACCCCCAAGCUAACUAGUGCACUUGUAUCAUCUAUAAUUCAUAAUGAUGCAUUAUGCAAUAAUAAUGAUGCCGAGAGGUGGCAAGCAAAUUAAAAAGAACUCAGGAGAAAGCAACUGUGUACUAUGCUCCAUUUCUCUGUUUGAACAUCUUUGGAAAAGCUUUCUCUCGCUGGGUGUGUGGGGAACAAGUUAGUGCUUUGUUUAACUUCCAGAUGGAUAGUGCUCAACAAACAGCAUCAGGAAAGUGUGCGUACCAGUCAGCUCUGUAUCUUACUGGUUGGACCAUCCUCAAUUUGUAUCCUCCAGACAGAAAGCAAAUUAUAAGUUUAGUUUUUUAGUGUUGCUAUCUUUGAGCACCAAAGUCGAUUUUUCAAAAUGAAUACCAUGUCGGCCAUUAGUGUUUAAUGAGUAAGUGGACCUGGCAAAGACUAGGCCAGGAAGUAGAGCUAAAAGCUAGCCUGGCUAACGCUGGCUAACGCUGGCUAACGCUAACUCCCACUCAGAUAAAUCCUAAUUCUGGCCUGGGUGGGUGGUUGGAGUACUGCUGAGAGUGUGGUUCGGAAUGUAGUAAAGAGCAUCUCAACACCUAGCAUAGUAUUAGCAACCUCUAACAAAUGUAAUUAUAAUGUAGCCUAGGGGCAGUGUUAGGGAGACCAAAGCAUCUAGGGGGCUAAUGGGGAAUGGGCUAAUGUGGAAUGGACUAAGUGAGGGGUCACACUGAGCAUAAUACUGAUGAGUCACUGUCACUACUGUACUGUGAGGAACAGAGGGUUUUCUGGCUGCCACCACUUUGCUUUCCACCCACUUCUUACUGUACCAAGAUGCAUGGAAGAGGUUGUCACCUGGAUAUGAUUAUAUCAGUCUCUCUAAAAAUGGAAGUUUGGUUGGUAAGUGAGAAAUUAAUAGGUAAAUUACCCAUUCUGUUAACAUCUGACUCCAGAGUGAUCUGAGUGGGCAAUUCCACAGUAACAGACUGACGCUGAGACUUUUUCCAAUUCCAAUUGACAUUUAGCAGACGCUCUUAUCCAGAGCGACUUACAAUUAGUGAGUGCAUACAUUUUUCAUACUUUUAAAGUAUGCCAAACAAAAACCAUUGAUUGCAAAGUUAAACAAUUUGGUAACAGAAUUACGCAUUUUAAUCACUUAAAAAAAGAAUCGUUAUCAGUAAAAACACUAACUAUUUGGUAGGUCUAUCUUUACUUGUUACUUCUGUGAACUUUCAUUAUCCUCCAUCCUCAUGAGGGAAAGACAUUUUAAAAUAUCUUAAAGAUAAGUGGGGUUUGGUAACAGAAUGACACUAGGCAAUAUGUCUUAUACAGUAAAUGUUUAUAUUAGUUGGCAGGGGUCUUUAGUUCAACAUGAUUGUGUUUACAACGCCAUUCUCGUCACACAUCACAUAUUGAGCAACAACCGUCCCGGUAUAGGGACACCGAUCCCGUUUAAGAAUUCUUUACAGUGGCUGAUCUGGUCAUUGUGUGCAACACUAACAGAAUAGUUAGUAGACAUAUCUGUGGCAGACUUCCAACAUCUUUCUUAGGCACUGGACAGGUCUAAUCUGAAAUCCAACGCUGCUGAAUAAAGCUGCCAACCACAGUGAUACAGUACUGUAUAGGGUAUUCCGUCCCAGAACUCACCUCAUGUCUGGUAAUAAAAGGCAAAUCUCUCCAUAACAUUGAAAAAAUAAACAUUGGCUCCUCUCCUGGAUCACUGUAAAAAAAUUACCAUUUUGGAAAUGAGAUGCUGUGAAAAUGAAAAAGUUAUAGCUACCCUCCUGCAUAGGAAGACUUUGUGGGGAGGCCGGCCGGUUUAAUUUGGUGCGCUGUCUGUUCCUGUGAGAGGGUUCUAUUGAUAGCGUGGUGUGGAUUAGGAGUUACCUGGGUUCAAAUAGUAUUUGACAUCAUUGCAAAUACUUCUGUGCUUGAUUGAGCUUGCCUGGUUUAAAAGACCAAUAGAAUAGUACCAAAACUGUAAAUAUCGCCCAUCUGGCUAGAGCAAACACUGAAAGUAUUGGAAAGAUUUUAAAUAGUAUUUUAAUCCCAGUCGGAGCUGCUGAUACUUGUAAUCUAGCAGAAUGUUUUAAUUUGAAGCAUCACGGCUCUCUCUCGCUCUCCCCAGCUUUUACUUCUCACAGACGGCGAGAGCGAGAGUGAGAGAGAGAGCGAGAGAAAGAAAGAAAGAGAGAGAGAGAGAGGGAGAGGGAGGGAGAGAGCGAGAAAGAUAGAGAGAGAGAAAGAGAAAGAGAAAGAGAACGAGAAAGAGAAAGAGAAAGAGAAAGAGAAAGAGAAAGAGAAAGAGAAAGAGAAAGAGAGAGGGAGAGAGGGAGAGAGGAGAGAGAGAGAGAGAGAGAGAGAGAGAGAGAGAGAGAGAGAAACAAUAUAUUUUUUGGAACAGCUUCAGGUCCUUGUGGAAAUGACUCUAUCCAUUUAGCAAUUUACAUACAUUGAAUAAAUUAAGUAGUUUCACUUCAACAGGGUUCUUUUAUUUCUGUGGGGAUAACAUAAGAAUGUUGUAAAUAGAGAGUUAGCAUUUGGUUUUGGUGGGCCCAUGCCAGACUGAGUGUGUGUGUUUCGCAAAGAGGAGCAUAUUAUACUGGUAUGAUGAUACGUAAUGACAUUUUAUACAGCCAACAAAUGGUGUGAUUAAUAGGUUAUUAUUGUGUAGUAAUAAAUACGCAACAGAAAUAAUAGUCUCUGAACUAUAAAAUCAAAUGCUACCAAAUGUAAUCUUUGUGUAUUAUGUUGCAAUGAGUUUAAUUUUUGAUUUUACAGGUGAAGAAGAUAAACAAAAACUUCCCAGUUAAUCAACAGGUAAGCUAUUACUACUACUACUACUACUACUACUACUACUACUACUACUACUACUACUACUACUACUACUACUACGGGGUGAAAGUAAGGCAGUAUGGUCCGGUACAGCAUCCCGGUAAAAUAAAUAGUGUGGGUACGUCUUACUGGUAAAACGUGAGCCUAUCACAAUUAAUACAACAUGCCCAAAAAACGAUAGGAUAUUAUCCUAUUAGUUAACAUUACUGCAUGUCAGACGUAUGAACAAUUUUUGAAUUGACUGGAAACCGGGUGGUAUACGCUCCAAAUUGCCUUUUGGUUUGAGGAGAACACUUACAUUUUGUCAAGGCAGAGAUGAGUGGCGGAGACACUUGCGGACAAGGCGGAGAUGAGUGGCCGAGACCGAGGCGCGCGUCAACAGACGCGGACAACAGUGGAUGAUGCGUCAAUUCAGGCUAAGUGUAGGCCUAAUGACAAUCCCAGAAUGUCAUUACACUACACGUAGGUGUUUUGUAACUGAUGUCUCUUUCCAUUCAUCAAAUUGCGGGUGCACAGUGCACUGUUGGGGUUUGGAUGCUGGAAUUAUUUUGUGAGUGAACUAAUGUGCGCGGGUAGGCUACAGGAGUGGCUUUGUUAAGUGACUGGUUGUGUUUAUGCCACAUUAAAAGGCGUAGGCGGCAUGUCCAUAAGGCUAGGGCAAGCUAAGCUUGAAUUAAAUUGCCCAAUUUGUAUAGCCUAAUUAGCUUACUCCUGUCUAUACAGAAAUAAAUAAAAAAUCUUUCAAAAUAGGCUACUACACCAGAAAGCAUGAUUUGGCCAGAGAGAAUUAUUAUUAUAUUUUAUUCAAUACAAAUACACAUUAAUAUUAUGAUGCAUUCUUUUAAAACACAGUUUCAAGGUUUUAAAAAAUGACAGACUAUGCCCAAAAGAUGCUUCAUCCAAUUAGUCUCCACUCCACACGGUUUACUGUACUAGAACUCUCUCUGAAUUUCAAUCCAACCUGAAUGCACAGAACACUGGAAUAAUUAUCACUGUGAAAGUAAUGUUUGUUUGUCAAUUAAACCCGUAAGGUAUCGGUUGCCAACUGGCGAUUUGACACGAAAAUAAAAUUUCAUUUGUCAUGUCAUUCAGUCAUUCCAACCAGGUUGAAUAGUCCACAGAAAGACCAUGGUUGACUGGCAGUGCCAGUGGCAACUAUUGCAGAUGGAGGGAGAAUGUUUGCAUCAUAAAGUCAAAGCAAAGAGAAAUCAUCAGGAAGAGAGGUUAACACAAGUUCCCUUGGUCCUCACUUCACCAACAAUCUCUCCAUCAGCCUAGACAUGGAUAGUGAAUUAGCUGUCUUUAUAAUUAAUCCAUCUCCAGCCCCCAAAUGACAAAAGCAUGAAAUCAUUCGACAUCCCGUAUCGUCAUGGCAAUUAAAGUACAUUAGAAGAGACCGACUGCUCAUGCUGGUCCUGAAUCUUUCACUCAGUGUUUUCAUCCAUCAAGACGUCCAUAGAGAGAGAGAAAUGCAAGCAAACAUUUCCACUGUGGCUCGCUGCAAUCCUCCUGACUGAGCUAAGUGCAGAAAGACUUGCUUGAAGCCUGCUGCUUCCUUUUCUCUAAAAAGUAUUUUUCUCCCUCUCCCUCUCCAUUUCCAUUUCCUCCACUCCUUCUUCUCUCUCUUUCUCCCCUCGAUAUCCCGCCUCUCUCUCUCUCUGACAGAUUAUCUUCAUGGGCUGGGUAGAUGAGAAGGAGCAGGACUCCGUUCAGGACCGAAUGUAUUCAUCAAAGUUCCUUGCCUUGAGGGGUUCCUCACUCUUCAAGUUCUCAGCACCUCCU